AUAUUUUUUGUAAUUUACAGUUUUUGCCAACUCUACUUAUAUUCCAGAAUAAAGAUUUUAUACAAUAUUUUAACCAGCAUCGAAAAUUAGAGACACUUGAACAUCAACUGUAUUUCCGUGUGAUAACGACGGAAGUGAAAAUACGUGUAGUAAAAGUGAGUUUAACAAGGAAGUAAUUUACGCGAUGGAACCAUUAAGGAGAGUGGUGUUGCAAAAUAUCAAAAAGUCAUCAAAAACAUUACUAUUGUCCCAAUUUCAGCAUUUUCAAUGCCACAGAACACUUACAUCCCAACAAGUGUUUGAUCGUGAAUCUAAAUACGGUGCUCACAAUUAUCAUCCACUUCCCGUGGCUCUGUGUAAAGCUCAGGGUGUCUUUAUGUGGGACGUUGAGGGCAAACGAUACUUUGAUUUUUUAAGCGCUUAUUCGGCAGUUAAUCAAGGCCACUGCCAUCCUAGAAUCUACAAAGCAAUGGUCGACCAAGCGAAAACAUUAACUCUGACGUCCAGAGCAUUUUAUUCAGAUCUCUUAGGUGAAUUCGAGGAAUAUAUUACGAAACUAUUCAGCUAUGACAAAUGGUUGCCGAUGAACACGGGCGUGGAAAGUGGUGAAACGGCAUGCAAAUUGGCACGCAGAUGGGGAUACUCAUGCAAGGGUAUACCGCACAAUCAGGCCAAGAUAGUGUUUGUAGAAGGCAAUUUCUGGGGAAGAACUAUGAGCGCUGUUUCCUCGAGUACCGAUCCUAGCAGUUACAAUGGCUUCGGACCGUUUAUGCCGGGCUUCGAGCUCAUACCCUAUGAUGAUCUCCCGUCGCUUCAACGAGCUCUCGUCGAUCCAAACGUCUGCGCUUUCAUGGUGGAGCCUAUCCAAGGUGAAGCUGGCGUUGUGGUUCCUAAGAAUGGAUAUCUGAAAGAAAUUCGAGAACUUUGUACGAAAAACAAUGUCCUGUGGAUUGCGGAUGAAGUACAAACCGGCUUAGCCAGAACGGGGAAGCGAAUCGCAGUGGAUCAUGAAAACGUGAAGCCGGAUAUUCUGAUGCUCGGUAAAGCACUAUCCGGAGGAUUUUAUCCCGUUUCCGGGAUACUAGCGAAUGAUGAAAUUAUGCUCACAAUCAAGCCUGGCGAGCACGGAUCUACUUAUGGUGGUAAUCCUUUGGGAUGCAAGAUUGCUCUCGAAGCGCUUCGUGUCCUAGAGGAGGAGAAACUUGCCGAAAAUGCGGAGAGGGUCGGCCGCUUACUCAGAGACGAGCUUAACAAGCUGCCGAAGGAGAUAGUCACUUUGGUAAGAGGAAAGGGCCUCUUGAACGCUAUCGUCAUAAAUAAAAAGAUCGACGCAUGGAAUAUCUGCGUAAAGCUGAAAGAAAACGGGCUCUUAGCGAAACCUACGCACGGACACAUUAUUCGUUUAGCACCACCAUUAGUUAUCACGGAAGAACAAAUACGCGAGUGCGCGGAUAUCCUUUCUAAAACCAUUCUUACAUAUAUCAAGACUGCUGGAAUCAUCAUUAGAUGCCUACUUUCCGACGUCUUACUCGUGUUAAAAAAAAAAAGGGUGAGGAAAAAUAUGGCCAUGCAAUCUGUGAGACAAAGAUUUUUCAGCAUCGUAAGGGAAUCGGAUAAGAGAAGAUUCCUGAGUUCCCAGGAAGUGAUCAAUCGCGAUAAUAAAUACGGCGGUAUACAUUUCAAACCACUGCCGGUUGUUCUUUCUCGCGGAGAAGGAGUCUAUCUGUGGGAUAUCGAUGGAAAACGCUACCUUGAUUUCCUGGCAGGAUUCUCAACUGUCAACCAAGGUCAUUGCCAUCCGCGUCUGGUGAAAAUAAUCAGAGAUCAGGCUGGAAAGUUGUCGCAUACAUCAAGAGCCUUCUACUCGGAACCUCAUGGCGAAUUAGGAGAAUAUCUAACAAAACUCCUUGGAUGGGAUCGAUUUUUACCUAUGAACACAGGUGUUGAAGGAGGUGACACGGCCAUAAAAUUGGCCAGACGUUGGGGAUACAGAAUCAAAAAAGUGCCGAGUGGCAAGGCUGCCAUUGUAUUCGCCAAAGGAAACUUUUGGGGACGUUCAUUGGCGGCUUUAUCGGCUUCAACAGAUCCAAAUUGCUACACGGAUUUUGGACCUUAUGUACCUCUUUUCGAGAAGGUGUCAUAUAACGAUCUGCUUGCUCUAGAACAAAAGUUUCAAGAAAAUCCCAAUAUCUGCGCGUUCAUGAUGGAACCCAUUCAAGGAGAAGCUGGCGUCAUUGUGCCAACUGAUGGUUAUCUGAAACGUGUAAGAGAAUUGUGCACAAAAUAUAAUGUUCUCUGGAUUGCCGAUGAAGUGCAGACUGGUCUUGGCAGAACUGGUACACGUCUGGCAAUUGAUCACGAAGGUUACAGACCGGAUAUUCUUAUUUUAGGAAAAGCACUCUCCGGCGGAAUGUAUCCGGUUUCCGGUGUCCUGGCGGAUGAUCAGAUAAUGCUCUGUCUGGAAACGGGUUCCCAUGGAAGCACCUUUGGCGGGAGUCCGCUUGGAAACAGAGUCGCUUUAGAGGCGGUUAAAAUUCUGGAGGAGGAGAAACUUGCAGAAAACGCGGAGAGACUCGGAAAAAUUUUGAAGGAAGAAUUGGAUAAACUGCCAAAGGACAUCGUGACAGAAUUCCGUGGACGCGGUCUUCUGGCCGGUCUCGUGGUAAACAAAGAAUUCGCCGAGGGUUGGGACAUCUGUCUAAGACUGAGAGACGCUGGAUUGUUGUCGAGACCCGCACAUGGUCAAAUCAUCAGAAUAUCGCCUCCAUUAACGAUCACGGAAGAGCAAUUACAAGAAGGAAUAAACAUUCUUACUACGGUUCUCAAAAAUUACAAAUAAAGAACUUAAAAUCACACACACACACACACACACACA